AAAUUAUAUGUAUGUGUGUGGUUGUUGUUUGUUUUGAUUUCUCAUCUUUUUUCUUUUUGUUGUUUUUUGAUUGUCUCAAAUUCAAAAUGUUUUAUUGUGGGAAUGUGUAUAAAGUAUAAAAUCUGAACCAUUAGUAUUUCCUCUCUCUUCUUUUUGACUCGCACAUUGUUCUCGCAGCUGAAUGAUCUCCAGUCUUUCCCAUUUAUUUUGCAACACUGGCCAUUCAUGCUUCAUUCAUUAGUUUAUCACAUGGUAUUAGUCAGACAAAAAUGUCCCAAUUAUCCGGUUGCUCCAAGUAUUUUUCCUGACAUUCAAGAGUUUCUUGUGGAAAACAAGCCGAGCAUUUAAGGAGACGGUGGAGAGAGACACAAGACGCUGCUUCUUGCUGUUCUUGUAAGUAUGGUCUUGUUUUUAAAGGAGUUAGAUUUGCCUUUUAAGAUUUGUCUUCAUUUGUCACUGUUACCGAGAGCUGUGUGCUACUUUCGUUACCUCUUAUGCAUAAUAAAUGUGGUCCAGAAAGUAAAACGGUUAUGCUAGAAAGUUGAAUUUGUUCAUCUGGGUACAGUGUCCUCAGCAUCAGGAUUAACAGAAUCAAUUUUCUGGGAUUUGCUUACCUGGAUUAUUGAGCAUGUCUCAAAAUAAAUCAGUUGAGUGCGGCUUCACCCUAGAAUCUGUCAGCACUGUGUGAGCAUGUUAUAAUCCUAAAGAACUUGUAACAAGCUUGAAAUUUAUUCAGUUACUAUCAAAGCUACAAAAACUUCUCCUUUAAUGACAGUAUCCGUGUCUUUCAUGGAGUAUCUUCUCAUUUCCAGCACCAAAUACAGCCUGCUCCUUUCAAAAGUGAGAACAUGUUGUUCUAGUAGGGAUACAGCACCCUCCGGUGGCACACAAGGACAUGGUGAUCUCAUUCCUCUGGGCUGUGGUCACUUAUGUGCCCCUUCUGUGGUUUGUGAGGGUGACUGAAGGGAUGCCUGACCCCGCUCAGAGGGACCUGCUGAUGCGUCAGGAGGCAUCCAGGCAAACGGGAGGACAAGUGGUGCUGACAGCGGCCGAGCAGAAGCUGGACGCUUACCUCCAUCGAUUGAAGGAGCAAGAGAUGUCUGCCACACCUUUUCCUCCUGCUUUGCAUUUCUUCAAAGCAAAACCUCUCAUUGAGAAGAGCCCAGUCUUUAAACUGCUGCAAAAGAUGCCUAAAGGCGCAGCCCUCCACAUCCACAGCUCCUCUCUGGUCAGUGUUGAGUGGCUGGUGAAAAACGUCACCUACAGACCUAACUGCUACAUCUGCUUCACUUGGGACAACUCUGUCCGCUUCCAGUUCUCAGCUCGCCAGCCCUUCCCACGCUGGGACUGCUUCUACUGGCAACUGCUCGAGACCUUGAGAGCCAAAAUAGGAGAUCCUACUGGCUUUGAUAACAGUUUAAUGCAGCACCUCACUCUGGUCACCGAGGAUCCAGAUGGUCAAUACCCAAGCCAAGACGUUGUGUGGGGGAAGUUUGAGAAAGCCUUCAUCGCAUCUGCGGGCUUAGUCACCCAUGCUCCAGUCCUGAAGGAUUAUUUUUAUAAAGGCCUAGAGGAGCUUCACCGCGACAACAUCCUGUAUCUGGAACUGAGGAGCGGUCUCUCAAGGACAUACGAGCUCGAUGGAACUAUUCACGAUAAGUUCUGGACUCUGAAAACAUUUCAAGAGGUUACAAAGAAAUUUAUUGGAGACCAUCCAGACUUUCUCGGGGCUCGUAUCAUAAUUUCUGUCCACAGAGCUUUGAGUAUAUCUGAGGUCAAAGCUGCUGUAAAAGAGGCCAUUCAGCUGCAAAAGGACUUCCCAGAUGUCGUUGCAGGAUUUGACAUGGUUGGACGGGAGGACAGCGGGAAGAGUCUUUGGUUCUUCAGAGAGGCCCUCUCUCUGCCAGCUGAACUUGGUGUCAGAUUGCCGUACUUCUUUCAUGCAGGGGAGACAGAUGACGAAGGCACAGACACAGAUCAAAAUAUUCUUGAUGCCCUUCUAUUCAACACCAUGCGCAUUGGCCACGGCUACGCUUUAGCGCACCAUCCGCUUGCCAAAGAACUUUCUAGGAAAAGAAAUGUGGCUGUGGAGCUUUGUCCCAUCUCAAACCAGGUGCUGAAGCUGGUUUCAGACCUGAGGAACCACCCUGCUACUGUGCUGAUGUCAGAGGGUCACCCGAUGGUCAUCAGUGCCGAUGACCCGUCCCUGUUUGGCACCACAGGCCUCUCCUAUGACUUCUAUCAAGCAUUCGUGGGCAUCGGAGGGUUGAAAGCAAACCUGGGCACGCUCAAAGAACUGGCUGCAAACUCCAUCACGUAUAGCUCACUCCCAGCUCAUCUGAAGGAUUCAGGUCGUGCCAUGUGGCAGAAAAAGUGGGACGCCUUCAUUUCUGCCAACUCAUAACAGCCGAGUGAUAUUAGAUCCUGACUGACUUGAAUGAAUGACUGAAUGUUUGUAAUAUCACUAAGGUAAAUAUUCAUAGGCCUUUAGCAGACUGUAUUUAAAAAAAAAAAGAUUAAGGCUAUUGGAGUCUCUGUUAACAGUAAGACUAACAGUUUGACGGCAUUGGCAGGUUGGUACUGUAAGUGUCUUAGUAGCUUUUUAACCCCUUGAGCGAUCACGAAGAAGCUUUACAAGAGACCAGCUGACAGUGGGGGGGGAGGUUUGGUCAAGUUUGUCAUGCACAGCUAGUCUUUUGUCUUCAUAAUACCAAACAUGUACAGGGGAACUAUUCACAAGGAAAUUUCUCUAUUCAAAACAAACAAGAAAAAUGUUUCUUUGUAGUUGAUGCACAUACAUACGUAUAGACAUACAUACAUCUAAUUUAAAUACAAAAAGUAGAAGAAAAAAAGUUUCACUUUUUCAGUGACUCACUUCAGAAACCUUGUUUCUUUUUUAAAUAAUGAUGUAACGAAAGACAACUAAAGAUCUUUCUUUGACACGAGGUUCACUUUUUGUGCAAUAAACAGCUGAUUAUCUUCUGAGACCUGCCCAGCAGUCUCUUAGUGGUCUUUGAUGAGAUUUUGUAUAUUCCAGCUCUGACCGGUGCACUGCUGGACGAUGAGUUGGUAAAAGCCAACGUCAUCCUUCGCAAUUUCUAGACAUCGCUUUGUUUUUCUGUUCUGGAUCGGUCCUCCCUGCAAAUAAACACAUUUUAUUGUCUCC